AUGUCAAUGGCAUCAAUUGUGUCUAUAACAAGCAUUACAAAAAAAAUGUUAUCACGUCGACGUCGUAAUUCAACGAGUUCAAAUUCUAGCAAAUUUUCUGUGACAACUCUUUCAUCAGUUUUCUAUUUGAGCAGUAUGGAGAAAUUCAUGGGCAUGCCAGGUACAUACCCUUGUACUUCGGUACCCAAUAAUACCACAUUAAAUGAAACUGAUGAAAUCGAUGAUUUGCCUUCAUCUUCUAACCUUAGUAAUGAUGUAAGCACCUGGCAAAAACUUCGAAAAAAUAUUUCUACUCCUAAUUUAUCUCGUUCGAUUUUGAGAUCAAAUACAUUUAAAAGUUCCAACUUUUUUCAUACUUGA